GAACCGUAGAUGUUAAUAAAUCGGUCAGGACAUAAAGUCACCUAUGAAUGUAUUACGAAUGUAAAUUUGUUGUAAAGUAGUUAGUAUAGAGCUUACAUGAUGACUUUGUUCAGUACGUGAGAUUACACCUCAGGGCGGGGUGAACCUAUUUCUCCACCAUCAGUGACCGGGAGAGAUUGUGACGUAGUUGUCCUGCCCAUUGUCGGUGCUUUACAAAUCUUGACAUCCAACUUGUCACCACUUGAAUGGAAGAGCCAGUGACCGGAACGCCGAGCUGAGACAGGGUUGUUAUAAUCCAGUAACAUCAAUCCUGGUUUAUAAUCAUUGGCCGGAGAGAAACACUUCUGGUCUGACGGACGGACGGACAUGUGGACGGGCCAUGCCGCCGGUUACCUGUAAAUAUGAAGUUAGCAAGUUUGUGGUGCUAUCCCCGAGAGAGUAGGCAGAAGUUGAACACCACGGAGAGAACAAGACGCGCUCAUCUCUCAGAUUAAACGGUGACAAGAACGACAACUGCAUCAAACCAAUAUCAACUCGCUCAGUGGGUCGCCGUCGUCAACAUGAGGAACUACCCCCAAUGCAUUGCAAGGUCACCCGUCAUAACCUCUGCUGUUUUCUUCUUAGCGGCUGCCCAAAUACCGUGCAUCUACAGUGUGAUUAUCUCCCUUGAUGUUACCAAGCUUACUGUUUCCAACACAACCGAGCUUCCAUCUCUAUCCUCCAUCCGUCCCUCUUCAUUACAAAAAGAUAGUCUACUUCGUGAUAUGUUUAGUAGAUUAUGCAAGUUUCACAACAGCAUCCUCUGUUCUGGUCACUACGGACCAUCCUCCAAACAGAUCGCCUUACGCAAGCCUCGUUUUUUUCGUGAUUGGUUCCAAAAUGACCCGAGAACAAAGAAGCGUAAACACAAACAAGAUUUCCAGUCAUCUGUCAAACAUUUAUCGCUGGGUAGACUGCAUGUGACCUCCAAACCAGCGACUCUGCGAACAAUCCUAGCCUUUACACCCAGUUCAUCGGGGAAUCUUCGCGGAUCUGGAGAUAAUGGAGGGUCAAUGCCUACAGACCUCUCAUCUUCAUUCCUAAGUGUUCGUCUGCCAAAAAUUGGUAAACGAAGACCUUUCAGGUACAACAAGAAAGUGUUUGUGUACGGCGAGGACGACCGCUUCCCCGUGUUUGCUUCAAGUAUGAGGCGGUAUCCUUACUCUAACGUCGUGCGCUUGUCCAGUGGAUGUACUGGGACUCUGCUGACGCCGCUUCAUGUCUUAACUGCUGCUCAUUGUGUACACAACGGAGAGGAAUUCAGGAACAAUCUCCAGAUGCUGAAAAUUGAGGUACCGGAUACUAUGGGUUUCCGAGUAUAUUACAUUGAGAAAAUCAGCAUUCCCAAGCAGUGGUCACGCCGGAGUUUUAUGGGAGAGACUGCAAGAUCUUCUUAUGACUACGCUAUUGUGAAGCUCAGUUUUGCUGUAGCUGGAAGGAAACGUUUCAUGCCUUUGUCAGUUCCGACAGGCAACAUUUUGAAUGAAGAUACAUAUUUUCUGGCAUUUAAAUCACUUAAUGAUCCAAUGCUUUGGAGUUCACAAUGCCACUCGCGUUCCAACAUGGCGCUGAUGGACGGGCAGCUUCUCCUGACGCGCUGCGACUCUUCUGUAGGCAACUCCGGUGCUGCUGUCUUCACAGAUGAUCCAAGAGAAGGAAAGAGAAUUAUUGGCAUAAUCUCCAACACCAGAUCUGUUGCCAGUAUGAGUUUCGUAACACGCUACAGCAUCAUCACUGCUCUGACUCUGGGAAAACUUUGGGAAAUUUGUUCCAUGAUGGCUCCAUACGGUCAGCGAUAUCGUGUUUGUCCUUCCUUUAAAUAUCUACCACAUGCCAGAAAUGAACCAGUAGAUAACAGAAUUAUACCCUUCUUUGGCUGAGAUAUCCACCACAGAAUAAUGAUGGAUUUUCAUACUGGCUCUCAGUCAGAAUCUUUGUCUGCUUCUCACAUAAUCUCACUGACGAGACAAUUCGUGAUCAGACAAAAAGAGGUCUUCAAACUGCAGUGCACCAUGGCUUCCUGCUUCUGGGAAGGUUGAUGACCAGAGGAUUGUCCAGCUGUCCAGUGUCUGAGGUCAACAAUGAGUUUGAAUGACAGUUUCAUAAUGACAUGAGUUUGACUGCAUCCUUUGAACUUUCAUCCGAUCUGCUAGAAUAUGAAACUGUUCCCUGACACAGGUGGUGUUUUUGGAUGGAUAUAUGAAUAUGAUCCUACUGGUGGACGAGGUUGUUUCGACCAAUAUGUACAGAAUAGCAUGUACAAGUGAACACUAGCUGUCUGCUUCAUUAUGUGUCACUUUGUUUGUUUUGUACUUGCGUUAUGUAUGUAAAGUAUCAUUAGUGGUAAUUUAGCAACACAACUUACAAUCGAGUUUUGCCUACAAAAUGAACACAUAAAUAUCCCUGACAAAACUCCUGCUUGAAUGGACAAAAAGAAAACACACAUCUUGUGAUUUUUACUCUGCCAACGCAGCAUUGUUGUGUUCGGAAAUUUCGACGAACCUAUACUAUCGAGAGUGCAUAUAUUUGGCUGAAGUUAUUUUGAGUAGAUGGUAUUUCUGCUACCCCUCAGUUAUGAUAGCCUGUAAACACAUGUUUGUAUCGACUAGGAAUAAUCUGAGAUGCAGCUGGCAACAUACAUUCGUAACUUACAUUAUCAAAAAGAACUGUUUUCAAAGCAAUGGAUAUCUCUAAGGGCAUUGGAGGGGAAGAUAUAAUUGCCUCGUGUGUCAUUCUACAAAUAAUAUUCAACAUGCCAUUUAAACACACUUACUUGGGAUUUGCAAACAUUUGUUUAUGUUAAUACACACAUUUACAACUAAGGAACGUCUUUCCAAUUGGACAUAUACGAUUUGGUCCAACAAAUAAAAUCAUUGAACCAGAUGACAACAAACUAUUUUCCCAUUUGCUAUAAGCAUGAUUUAAAUGUGUGAUCAAAUGGCUAAAUGUCUUGCAAACAAUUAUUCUGUUUCAGUUUCCUUCAUUUGAGCGUCAGUGGAGAUAUUUUUGAUUGAUAAUACAGUACAGUACUUGAAAUGGUUUUCUUUCCAUGGGAACACAUUUAUUGGGAUAGUGUAAUACAGGCUAUUGCAAAAAGAAUAACAACUGAAGGAAUUUCAAGCAAUUUCUUGUGGCAUCUGAUACAUUUGGAAGCAUACCGGUCUUCACUCAUUCUCUUCUACGUAAGAAUAACAAAUAAAUAUAACAAUUGUAAAGAAAACAAACUUGAUACGGAUGACAACGGACAUUAUGCGGACAAAAAUCUUAAAACAUUAAAGAAACGAUAAUCACUUCGCAAACAAAUCAAUGUGCGAACUUUGGUAAACAGAUCAAAUAGAAAUAUGUUUUCUUGAUUCAAGUAUCACAAUAAAAAAUAUAUACUGAAACGUGAUACUGUUGUCAAAUUGUCAAAGUUUGUACUAUAGGGUUUCAUAUCGCAACAGGGAAACAGCAAAUCUCAGACUUACACAUUGGUUGUGUUAAUGGUUUAGCAUGGCUAUCUUUAUUGAUAGAUCUCCUGAAGCAUCUAGUUUUCAUUUAUUGACGACAGUAGGCAGAUUGGUUUAGUUCCAAGAAGUACACAUACAGCAUGCCUUGUGCCAGCCUGUAUACGACACUAUACCUCAGCAGUGCAGUCUUAACAUGGUCCUUGUCCCACGCAACUAUAAGGUUCUUAAGACAUGUGUGUACAUAAUUAUUUUGUCAUUUUUAAUUUAUCAUUUGUGUUUUGUUUAAUCAACUGUACUGGAUGCUAAAUGCGUGGGGGUAUGCCUUAUAUAAAACAUCCUAAAGUA